AACCAGCCCCUCCCACUAUGGCUAAAGCAAAACAAAUGGAGUGUAUCAGCAAGAUUAGUUGCUUCUUGAUCUUGUUGCUGGUUACCUUUGGAGUAGCUAGGGUGGCAACCAAGCCUAACAUCAUACUCCUCUUUGCAGAUGAUCUUGGCUAUGGAGACCUGUCUGUGUAUGGCCACCCCACCUCCAGCACCCCUAACCUGGACAAGAUGGCCUCCCAAGGACUCCUCUUCACUCAGUUCUACUCAGCCAGUCCACUGUGUAGUCCAUCACGAGCUGCUCUGUUGACGGGCCGCUACCAAACACGCAGUGGAGUGUACCCUGCAGUGUUUGCAUCUGGAAGUGUGGGAGGUCUUCCACUGAAUGAGACCACCAUAGCUGAGGGAUUAAAGGAUGAGGGAUAUACCACAAGCAUCGUUGGAAAGUGGCAUCUAGGAGUAGGCAAGGACAAUGAGUACCUACCAACAAGACAGGGCUUCGACUCUUAUCUGGGGAUACCAUACUCACAAGACAUGUGUCCAUGUGUACACAAAGUGUGUUUCUAUCCCAAUGUUCCCUGCAUUGACAAAGCCUGUGAAAAUGGGAAUGUUCCUUGUCCACUCUUCCAAAACGAGAACAUUGUACAGCAGCCAGCCGACUUUCUCGAGCUUAUGCAAAACUACUUGAAAGGAGCUGAAUCGUUUAUUAAAACUUCUGCUGAUAAGAAGACUCCAUUCUUUUUGUAUUUGGCCUUCCAACACAUGCAUGCUCCUCAGUUUGCUGGCAAGAUGUUCACUAACUCGAGCAUAAGAGGACAAUUUGGUGAUGCUCUCAAUGAAAUGGACUGGGCAGUAGGCCAAAUAUUCCAGUACAUAGAGGAGGCUGGAGUCAAGGACAAUACGUUCGUUUUCUUCACUGCUGACAACGGACCAUCUUUGGCGAGGGAGAUUUAUGGAGGGAAUGCUGGUCCCCUGAGAUGUGGGAAAUAUUCGACCUGGGAGGGCGGUCACAGAGAGCCUGCCAUCGCUUGGUGGCCAGGCAAGAUUAAACCAGGGAGAACAAUGGAGGUAGCUGCUACAGUGGAUGUGUUCCCUACUCUAAUGAACAUAGUGGGAGGAAAGAUACCUGCAAAUGUGACAAUGGAUGGAGUGGACAUGGCCCCAAUCCUCUUCAAUGAUGGCAAGAGCAACAGAGACUUCUUUAUUUUUUAUCCUGGUGAUCCAAACAAGACUCUCGGUAUAUUUGCAAUACGUUGGAAGGAAUACAAAGCUCAUUAUUAUUCCCACGGUGGACUAUGCACGACUACUCACCCUGAUGUUGUGUGUCGGAGUAAUUACACACUUCAUGCCUACGACCCUCCUCUUCUUUAUAACCUUCACAAUGACCCGGGUGAGAUCUACGAACUGAAUGUCAAAGAGUACAGCGACGUCAUGAAGCAAAUUGAAACAUUGAAAAAGUCCUUUGAGGCUGACAUGGUGUGGGGAGAAAGUCAGAUGGGCCGAGGGCAGAGCCCAGAGCUGGAGCCAUGUGCAAGGCCUGGCUGCACUCCCUUCCCUUCAUGCUGUACAACUAGUUCUUUCCUACAACAAGACAUGAGCCUAGCUCUAAUCUAAUCACUCUAGCUGUAGACAGAUCUAGUAGCUAGAUAGGCAUACUUUUGUUAAUGUUGUUGAGUAGUAGCUUAGAAAUAUGUUGAGUAGUAGCUUAGAAAUAGCAUAUAAUUUUUUUAUAAGGUGUCUCUCCUAACUCA